AUGCUUCGUUCAUGUGCCGCUCAAACACAGCUGCGCACACUGCACACACGACCGGCACUCAGAGCACAGGGAGCUGCAGCCGUCGCGGAAGGCGUGAGACAAUGGAUGCCCAGUCACCCACCGUCACAGGCGUCGAUUUCGGAUAUCGAGGUCAACAGACUGUCUGCGAAGCCACGACGCCCGUUGACAUUGGCUGAUCUGGUAAAGCAUGGAAAGCCUCCUCUCUCCCAAGAGGCCCUAAUCGCCUCAGCCAACUUCACGUUGGCUCUGUUGCCGGCACGCCUGGCGCAUCGAAUCACUGCACUGCGAAAUCUCCCUUUCAUCGUUGUCUCGAAUCCGUCAGUCAACAAGAUCUACAACAAUUACCUGCAUUCCUUGUCCACUUUGGAGCCAUUCUACCAGAAAGAGAUCACAACUAUACAAGAUGAACAGAAAUUUACCGAGGUUAUGGCGGACCUGGUCCGUACACAUUCUAACACCAUUCCGAUCCUCGCCAAAGGCUUUCUCCAAUGUCGAAAAUACAUUGAUCCCAAUGAAGUCACACGCUUUCUUGACCAGCAUCUGCGCGCUCGCAUUGGAACUCGCCUUGUCGCCGAGCAACAUCUUGCACUGCAUGUUGCUACAACAGACCAUCCGGAGGAGCACAGGGGCGAUUCGCAUAUUGGCGUCAUCGACACUGCUCUGAAGCCGUCUGAUAUCAUUCUGUCCUGCCAGAACUUUGUAGGCGAAAUCUGCGAGUUGAAGUACGGCGUUCGGCCAAGCCUUGUCAUCAAUGGAGAUCCUGAUGCUGAGUUCGCCCAUAUUCCAAUGCAUCUGGAAUACAUUAUCACGGAGCUGCUCAAGAAUGCUUUCCGCGCGACCAUCGAAUCCGGAAACGAGCGCACCCCCAUCGAGGUGACAAUUGCUGCAGCGCCAGACGUACCCACAGGUGGUACAAAGCUGGAGUCUUUGAAGCAGUUGCGUGUCUCACAGGACAGAUCCUACGAUUUCUCUCAAGCCGGACUGGACGAAUAUUGUGCUGACCCCGACAUGGUGGGUCAACUAAACCAUGCUGCACCGUGCAUCACAAUUCGCAUUCGUGAUAAAGGUGGUGGGAUAUCGCCCGAGACGCUCCCCAAUAUCUGGUCUUAUAGCUUUACCACCUUCAACGCAGACGAGGCAGCAGCGGUGGACAACGGUACAAGCGAUGGCUUGAAUGUGCUGUCAGAAAGCGGUGACCAUAGUACAAUCGCCGGCUUAGGCUAUGGCCUGCCGCUUAGCAGAGCCUAUGCCGAGUACUUUGGCGGUGGCAUCGCUGUUCAAAGCAUGUACGGUUGGGGCACUGACGUCUAUCUUACCUUGCAAGGUGUUGGGAAGGUCACAUAA